AUGAAUUCAGAAUUAAAGCGUGUUUGUGUUCCGGGACCUGUGAUAGUAGGUGGUGGGCCGUCGGGGCUCGCCGUUGCUGCAUGCCUCAAGGAAAAGGGAGUCCCUUCAUUAAUACUUGAGAGAGAAGACUGUUUAGGCUCCUUAUGGAAACUGAGAUCUUACGAUCGUCUCACACUUCAUAUCCCCAAACACUUGUGCGAGCUUCCAAACAUGGCGUUUCCACCAGAAUAUCCAGUCUUCCCAACAAGGCGACAAUUCAUAAGUUAUCUAGAUGCCUAUGCUGAAUGCUUCUCGAUUAUGCCCAGGUUCGGUCAGGAGGUUAAAUGGGCUGAGUACGAUUCAACCAUGGAGUUGUGGCGGGUGCGAACCCAUGACUCGGAGUUUCUCUGCCGGUGGCUCAUCGUCGCAACCGGGGAGAAUGCAGAACCUGUGUUGCCAGAGAUUGCAGGCUUGUCGACUUACCAGGGUCGUCUCCUGCAUACUAGUUCGUAUGCAAAUGGAGCUGAGUUUAAAGGAGAGAAGGUUUUGGUCGUGGGUUGUGGAAACUCUGGCAUGGAGAUUAGCUUGGAUUUAUGCGAAAAUGGCUCCCAGACUUCGAUAGUAGUAAGAGACAAGCUGCAUGUAUUGCCCAAAGAAAUGCUCGGAAUAUCAACGUUUGGUCUUUCAAUGUCGCUGCUGAAUUGGCUUCCUAUAAAUCUGGUUGAUCGGUUCCUUCUCCUCUGUUCAUGGUUCAUCCUUGGAGAUACACAGAAAGUUGGGAUUACAAGACCCAAAAUUGGUCCCAUUGAAAUGAAGAUGACUACUGGAAAGACCCCAAUUUUGGAUGUCGGUACUCUAGCCAAAAUCAGGAGUGGAGAAAUCAAGGUACUUCCUGCAAUCUAUAGAUUCACCACCAGAGGUGCAGAGUUUGUUGAUGGCAGAGUUUUGGAAUUUGAUUCUAUUAUUCUAGCAACUGGAUACAGAAGCAAUGUACCUUCAUGGCUCAAGGAAGGAGAAUUCUUUAACAGCCAGGACGGUUAUCCAAAUAGGCCAUUUCCCCACGGUUGGAAAGGAAAGAAUGGACUCUACAGUGUGGGUUUCACCAAGCGAGGUUUGUUAGGAGCUUCUAUGGAUGCACAGAGAGUGGCAGAAGAUAUAGCACAACAAUGGAAUUCUGAAACAAAGCACAUGUUCUUUGAGCUGUGA